UCUCAGAACUGGUGAUGCACGAAGUUUCCAGGAAAGUUUUACAAGGUGAAUUUUUUUCUCUCAUUAUUUUACAGUAUUAUGCUAGAAGUUGCUUGUAGUGGUAGACAUUCGUUGUGGCUCAUUGGCCUCUAUUGAUAAACUUUAAAUACUUUAACAUUCUUUCGAUUGUGUAUGUUUUCUUUAGUUUUGUGAACAGUAGGGUUUCUUAGACUGCAGUUGCUAGACUUCUUGCUGAAGAUUUUACUUGAUUCAUGGUCAAGUAGUCUAGUAUCUCCUCUGCUUGCGAGAGAUUCACUCAGAAAUUCGUGGUUCAUUCUUUCAUUGGGAAACUAUUAUUUAAAAAAAUAUUGCCAAGUUAUGCUCUCACUUUUUUAUCAUGUUGGUUUAUCAAAUAUCGACAUAUUAUCGAGAGAUUAUAUAUUAGGCCGAAUGUGCAGUUGCUUUAUAGCCUUUCCUACUGUACAGAAAUGUUACUUUUGGGUGUAUAUAGUCAGAAUGUUUUUGAUUGAUCAAAGUAAUUUUUCCUGGAUAGUAUGAAUUUUAUAUUAUCAAAAGGAUGCAUCUUUAAUAGUCGUCAAAUAUCAGUAAACUAAGAGCAAGAACAUUCGCGCAACAGUGAGCCUGUCUGGUUGUUAGAUCACUGCGUACUAGUUUUGAGCUUUGAGCACUGUUCUUUUCUCUCUCUGAUGGUGGUUUCACUUCGCUGGUAGACUUCCACUGAUGAUCUGUCGAAUGCUUUUUCGAUCAAUGCUGAGACUAAACAAAAAACAAAGACCAUUUUGAUGUAGGCCUACACUCUUGAUUUGUUUUAAUGGACUGUUAUUAUCAAUAACUGCCUACUCAUUUUGUACUAAAUUUACAGGCUCCACUCGUUUGUACUACAUUUACAGGGGGAGCCUCUGCAAUGUGUAGUCCUAUGUGUACAUGCAUUUGAAACUCCUAAAAUCCCACGACCUAUUAUACGCAUUGCCAUAUUUCAAUUUUCUAGUUUUUUUUCUCCAAGUUAAAAUAAAUUGGGUAUAACCAGUGUUAAAUGUCAUAGGUUAAACAAGCUGGCUUUCCACGUAUAGGCCUAUCGAAGAACAGGAAACGUAUUUAGAAGCAACCUAAUCUGUGCGCACCCAAGACGGAAUGUACUAAAUGCGAGACAUGUUCCAAGCAUGAAGAGAGCGUGAGCCGUCCGCAUUCAUGUGCUUGGCUAUAGGUCAAAAGCAAAUAGGAAACAGGUUUUCAAUGUUUUUAAAGUGUUAUUAAAGUGUUUCUAAGGAAUGUAUAGUGAAAUAUUUGCAGUAAAAUAAAGUUAAUAAUUUCUAAAUGUAAAAAUAUUAUAUUUGUAAGUUUAUUGUAAGUGUUAAUAAUGUCUAUGGUAGGUCUAAUAGCAAUAUGUAAUCCAAUAUUUAGGUACCAACAAAUGCCCUAACUUGUUUACUGUAGCCUGUAUAAAGUCUACUUUCCCACAACAAUCAUGACUUGUCACUAUUUUUAUGUCAUGAACAUGAAUCCAAUGCCUCAGAGUAGCUAUAGUUGACAUGGUGUGUAAGAUCUGUAGCCUCCCUCAGAGACGUGGUCCCAUUUCCGUCAAUGCUUUUUACUUUGUUGGACAUUGAAAUGGCGCCACCUAUUGGGAUAUUUUUGAGACACACAUCAAGUUCAAUGGUAAUAGGAUUAUGAUGCUACAGUAUGUCCUCAUAUACUGUACACUAUAUAUGCAAAAGUAUGUGGACACCCAUUCAAAUUAGUGCAUUUGGCUAUUUCAGCCACUCCCGUUGCUGACAGAUGUAUAAAAUCGAGCACACAGCUAUGCAAUCUCUAUAGACAAACAUUGGCAGUAGAAUGGCCUUACUGAAGAGCUCAGUGACUUUCAACGUGGCACCGUCAUAGGAUGCCACCUUUCCAACAAUUCAGUUUGUCAAAUUUCUCACCUGCUAGAGCUGCCCCGGUCAACUGUAAGUGCUGUUAUUGUGAAGUGGAAACGUCUAGGAGCAACAACGGCUCAGCCGUGAAGUGGUAGGCCACACAAGCUCACAGAAAGGGACCGCCGAGUGCUAAAGAGCGUAGCACUUGGGAGCUUCAUGAAAUGGGUUUCCAUGGCCGAGCAGGCGCACACAAGCCUAAGAUCACCAUGCGCAAUGCCAAGCAUCGGCUGGAGUGGUGGACUCUGGAGCAAUGGAAAUGCGUUAUCUGGAGUGAUGAAUCACGCUUCACCAUCUGGCAGUCCGACAGAUUAAUCUGGUUUUGGCGGAUGCCAGGAGAAUGCUGCCUGCCCCAGUGCAUAGUGCCAACUGUAAAGUUUGGUGGAGGAGGAAUAAUGGUCUGGGGCUGUUUUUAUAGUUCAGGCUAGGCCCCUUAGUUCCAGUGAAGGGAAAUCUUAACGCUACAGCAUACAAUGACAUUCUAGAUGAUUCUGUGCUUCCAACUGUGUGGCAAAACAUCUAGUGGAAAGCCUUCCCAGAAGAGUAGAGGCUGGUAUAGCAGCAAAGGGGGGACCAACUUCAUAUUAAUGCCCAUGAUUUUGGAAUGAGAUAUUCGACGAGCAGGUGUCCACAUCCUUUUGGUCAUGUAGUGUAUAACAUAUGACACAUUUCUGACUAGAGCAGCUUUGCUUACUUUAUGUUAAUGUUCAUCGGCAACGCUCACAAUCUGAGUUUGGCUGAUUGUCCUUUUUUAAUACAGCAUUUUUCCAUGUUUCUCCAGAUUCUGACAUCAUGGCCUCAUUGGCAAAUGGCUGCAUUCAAUUCACCCGCCAUGCUGGUGAUGUACUGCUCAACUUCAACCGACUCCGCAGUAGAAAUAUCCUGACGGAUGUCACUAUCCAGAUUGACGGUCAGCGCUUCUGCGCUCACAGGACGGUCCUCGUAGCCUGCAGGUACGUUCAAGACCAACUACCUGUUUUUAGGCCAAUUGUCCUUCUUGUGCUAUGCGAUUGCCAUUGUGAGAGAAAAAGGCAUAAACUUAAUGUGAUUUUCCAUUUCUGUUUAUAGUGGGCUCUUUUACUCCAUAUUUACCGACCCCCUGAAGAGUAACCUGAGUGCCAUCAGCCUGGACCCCAAGGUGGACCCUGAUGGUUUUGCCAUCCUGCUGGACUUCAUGUACACCUCCACCCUGACCCUGAAGGACAGCUUGGUUCUGGUUACCAUGAACACAGCCUCGUACCUCCAGAUGGAACAUGUGGUGGAUACCUGCCGCAGAUUCAUCAAGUCCAGGUACGACAAAAAUGACAUCAUUGUUAAUCCAUUUAUACUUGGUAGCCUACUAGUGCCUGGAACUUUUCCUGGUCAGGUCAGUGAAUAUUCCAGGCCCUAUUUUUUACUUUUUCACAUCUGAAUAGUAUCCGUUUGGAACUAAAUAAGUGUUUUUCCUUAUUUCCUGGCACUUCAGAGAGCAGUCUGUGAGUCUGCAGAGAGAUGAGGUUAUGGCCACCCCAAUGCGUCUCUCUCAGGACCUCCCUGCUUUCAGGGCUCUGGAUGGGUUGGCGACCAGCCCCAGCCACACAUCCAUAUCUCCUCUCAGAGACAGGAGGAGCUACGGCCCCAGUGUGUUCACUGGUAUCAAUGCUUCGGGUAGCUCCCACCACGUCCACGGAAAACACGUCCCAAUGCCCAUCAGAAAGCUGCCAGACGGCCUCAAUUUCAGUGACCUUCCCAAAGGGGAUGCCAUUUCUCAGAAACUCUGCUCUCCCGCAAAUCGCACAGAGGCCACCACCAUCAUCCACCACCCUCUUUCAUCCCACUCCUCAUCCUCCUCCAUUAUGAUCCUCCGCCCUCUCCCCUGCUACAGCCGCCAGUCGGGGUCCUUCAUGGGCCUCCAGGGACCUGAACACAGAGGGGCCUCCCCCAUGGAGGAGGACAGCAUCCAGCCCCCCCAGGCAGACUCCCUCAGCCUGUCCCCAGGCUGCAGCAAAGGGGUGAUCUGCAGCCCGCAGAGCCCCCUCCGCUCUGACUGCCAGCCCAACUCCCCCACCGAGUCCAGCGGCUGCAGCAGGAAUGCAGCCCUGACCCAGCCCUCUGGCUGCUCCCAGGAGUCCAAGGCCCGCAACUGGAAGAAGUACAAGUUCAUCGUGAUGAACCAGACCUCCAGGGAGAAGGAGGAGGACGAGGCCCAGGGAGUGAGCGUUGAGGCUGGGAACUGCUCCCCUCCUCAGGGCUCCUAUGAGACUAGUGGAUCAGAGGGACCGAUGAAGGACAUGCAGGCUGCAGAGAUGGACAACGUGCAUGGAGAAGAGAUCCUUGUCCCACAGGCCAGCCAUCACAACAUUAGCCAACUGAGAUGCUCCUCGUGUGGUACAGACGCCCCUCAGCACCAGAAGGUGUGUCCCUGCUCCCCUGGCACCUACAGCAGGGAGGACACCAAUGACCUGCACACUGAGUACUCUGACUCAAGCGGUGGUGAGUAGUGUACUUAAAUUAAUGAGGACACUGCAAUAAACGUUGACACACUAUAGUUACAUUCAUGCUGUUACACUUUUCAUUGACUAAAUCUCAAUGUUUCUGUUGUAGAGAAUGGUUCCAACUUCUGCAACUUCUGUGACUCAAAGUUUGCGGAAGCGGACUCCCUGAAAGGCCACAUGCUCCAGGUCCAUGCUGACAAGCCAUACAAGUGUGACCGAUGCCAGGCUGCCUUCCGUUACAAAGGGAACCUCGCCAGCCACAAGACUGUCCACACCGGUAAUAUUUAUGUUACAUCUUAAAGGAAAGAUUCACCCAUUUUGAAUGUUAUAUCGUAUUUGUGCAUCUCUGAGCGAUGUUCCAGGAUUCACCUGGUCAGUAUGUCAUGGAAAGGGCAGGUGUUCCUAAUGUGUUGUAUACUCAGAGUACAUACAAGGUCCUGGAUGGUAUCAGUGUUUCAUGGUUUAUUUAUACCUCUUGCAAUCCAGGAGAGAAACCGUACCGCUGUAACAUCUGCGGUGCUCAGUUCAACCGGCCGGCCAACCUCAAGACCCACACCCGAAUCCACUCGGGAGAAAAGCCAUACAAGUGUGAGACGUGUGGCUCUCGCUUCAUACAGGUGAGGAAACAGCUAGGAACUGUGAUUCACUCAUGAAGGACAGCAAUUUCCCAAACUGUAUAUGUUAUUGUAUAUUUACUUGAAUUUAUCUCCUACAAAUCUAAAGUAUCUUAUGUAUUUUCUUCCUAGGUCGCGCACCUCCGCGCCCACGUGCUGAUACAUACGGGGGAGAAGCCGUAUCCCUGUGAGAUCUGUGGGACACACUUCCGCCAUCUUCAGACCCUCAAGAGCCACUUACGCAUCCACACAGGAGAAAAGCCCUACCAUGUAAACACCUUGUCUUUCCAUUCACUUGACCCAGUGUGUAUCGGCUAAAUCGGGACUGGUCCACUUCUUCAAUAAUCCCUUCCUGGCUUCCUGUGACUGCCUAUCAAUAGCCUAAACCGAGUAUCGCUAUAUACAACCCGGGGCCUCAGCUUAAAUUAAAUCAGCUAUAGCCUCUGUCCUCCUGCUAACCCUUCAUUGAAUGUAUGAAUGAAUUCAUUUAGAGGCAGUUUCAUUCAAUUAGUGACACAUUGCAUUCCGUUCUUUUUCUUCCUCAGUGCGAAAAAUGUGACCUCCACUUUCGCCACAAGAGCCAGUUGAGGCUGCAUCUCCGGCAGAAGCACGGCGCAGUCACCAACACCAAGGCUCAGUACUGCCGGGCGAACACGGACAUGCUCGUUGGCUUGUCCAAGGCCUGCUGAAUGGACACUGGGAAGAUGGAGUUUGAUUGGCUGACAACCGUCUUACGUUGUCGUAGUAACCCAUCAUAGCGUCUUAGUAACACACUGUCAGAGAUUGUUGUGUUUGUUGGCACAUGGCAGAUGGGUUUCCUCCAAAUGUGAAUAUAGAACCAUAUUUUAUAAUUCAUAGACAUUUUACUUUAUGUUUGUAUAUAAGUCAGGUACGUAUUGAUGAUGCAAUGUACAUUUAGAAAAUUUGAGUUUUGGAAUAUAACUUAUUAUAUCGGGUAAUACUUUUUUCCUGAAUGUUUUCAGUUGAAGGACGGUGUUCUUUUAGAAGACACUCAAAACUGUUCUUGAAAUCCUUAAUCAUAUUGAGAAACACUGUUACAUUGGUACAAUUCUAUUAUAGAUAAAGUAUAUGGGGGCAUGUUCAGCUGGAGAUAAGCUAAUGUAUUAUCCAGUUUGUAGUUUCUUAUAUCUUGUAUAUUGUGAAUAUAUAAUGUAAUAUCUAUCCAGAUUGCCCUCUGCUGGCAGAG